CGAAAGAGUAAUACAUCAUAGAUACACCCACACCUGCAUCGUGGGGUCGGAACACAUGAUCCAUAUAUAAUUUAUCCUGUUUUGCGCCUGACACCCCCAAUGGAGAACUCUCCUGAGUCGGGGCUAUUAAGCCACCUGCAAGAUAGCCUGUCGGAGGUGGGAUGGCCCGGAUUGCUGGCAAUCUUGGUCGGCUCUUGCAUCGUGACACGCAUACUCACUGGCAUCUGGAGCAAUGGGCCAAAGGUCGAAGACGGUCAACCGCGACGGGUUCGGACGACCCCAUACUGGUUUCCAUGGCUAGGACACGGCCUUUCGUUCGUCUGGAAUCAUGUCCGCUUGCUUUCCAAUGCUAGAGACUCCAUGGAAGAACCAGUGGUGGGCAUCAAGUUAGGAGGGGCGAAGCACAGCGUGCUGGUCUCUCCAUCCGUGGCCAAAUCGGCCUUGUCCUCCCCAAACACCUCAUCCACGGCCGUGAUCAACUACGCGUUGAAGACGGUCUUUGGGGACCGGGGACCUGUCCAGAACUUGAGCGCCUCAAACCCCCACCUGCUGCAGCUGCUGCACCAUAACCUCCCCGACCUUUUCAGCAGGGAGCCCUACGUGACGGAGAUCUCCAACGCCGUGUGCCGUCUCAUCGAGCGUGAAACGCCCAACCUGGUGACCUUCAAUUGGAGCCCCGUGGACCAGACCCCAUGGGAGCGGACCUGCGACGUCGAACUCCUCGAAGGCACCGAUAAGCCCACGUGCGAAACGAACCUGUUCGCCCUCAUCCGCAACCACCUCGGCCACAUCACCACCACCACCACCAUGGGCUACGCCGUCCUCGAGAACUUCCCCAACCUCCUCCCCGACCUCUGGAAACUCGACGACCAGUUCGUCGCCCUCUCCAUGGGCCUCCCCCGCUGGGUCCUCCCCGGCACCUCCGCCGCCAGCGUCGCGCGAGCCCGCCUUCUCGACACCCUCAACGUCUAUCACCAAGCCUUCGUCGCCUGGAACGACGGCGCCGACCCGGGCGUCAAAUUCCGUGACCUAGACGACAUCUCCGAGCCGAUCAAGGAGCGCGCGCGCGCCCUCAAAAACGCAGGCCUAUCCCCCGCAGACAGCGCCCCAGCGCACCUCUCCCUCCUCUGGGCCAUGAACGCCAACUCUCCCAACAUCGUCUUCUGGCUCCUCCUCCACCUCUACACCAACCCGGCCCUCCUCGCCGACAUCCGCACCGAGAUCGCCCCUUUCGCCAAAGCCCACCGCCCCACCCCAGCCGAAACAGGCUUCCCCUUCCUCGAAGCCGCCCGCAUCGCCCUCGACACCAACAACCUCCUCGAGUCCUGCCCACUCCUCCGCGCCUCCGUCUCCGAAACCCUCCGUCUCGACCUUGCCGCCCUCUCCUUCCGCACCCUCACCGCAGACCUCACCGUCACCGAAUCCCCCGAAGACGCCGCCCUUGCCGGCCGCUCCAAACCCCUCACCUACCACAUCCCAGAGGGAGAAAGCAUCCUCGUCCCGCACGGCGUCCUCCACACCGACCCCCAGCACUUCUCCAACCCAACCCAGUUCGACCCCCUCCGCUUCAUCAAGACGGACCCCGACACGGGCAAGCUGCGCGCUGCGCGCGACACGAUCAGUCCGUUCGGCGCGGGCGUGUCGGCCUGCAAGGGCCGCGUCUUCGCCGAGAGAGAGAUCCUCUCUUACACGGCUGCGAUCAUCAGUCUGUGGGACUUGCAGCCUGCGGGUGGGGGCGGCGUGUGGAAGAUCCCGGGCCAUAAGCAGUCUAGUGCGGCUUAUUUGCCCAAGAAGGAUGUGCGGGUGCGGUUGACUGCGCGGGUUUGAGUGUAGUGUAGUGAGAGCUAGUUAGCAUGGGUGGAGUUUGUAUUGAUUGCUAUUACAAUGUUAUGUAUAUUGGG